AUGAUGGUUAGCACUAAUUGGCCAUCCAACUCGCCCUUGCCCCAGAUGUAUCAGGUAGAUCUGCCACCAGAUCCCAAGGAGGUGGCACCCACCGAAGCUAGAAAUCAAGAAAAGGAGCGACAGAGUCGAUUCUUCAAUGUGCGGACCAGAGUCAUGGGGGUGGAUGCUGAAGCCCUGAACCACCAGGUGGAAGAACGAAAACUUCAGGAGGCAACAGAACGAAGCAAGAAGGCAGCUUAUGGUACCAACCAGGUGCAAUAUGAUCUGGUGGCUCAGAUGCUACAGAAGGAAGAGGCAGAACGGGCACGUCGGCUGGCCAAGAAAGUCCAAAACUUUAGAGAACAGAGGCAGAAACUCAAGAACAGGCGUGAAUUUGACUUCUGGGAUUCAAACCAACUCUGGAGGGAGUUUCCAGCUUAUCUUGGAGACAAUGCUCCCUACUAUGGCCAAGCCAGCCUGCAGUGCUUCUCUGGGGAAGAUCUGGAGAGGGCCGCAUGUCUGAGAAUGCAGCAGGAGCAGUUCCAAUACAGCCUGGAGAGGCAGCUACAAGAGCAACAGCAAGCCAGAGUUGAUGAGAACUGUACAGACAUGCUCGAUGACCAGCUACGCCUAGCUGUGGACAUGCGGGCUGCCCAACUGGCCAAGCUGGAGGAGUCCUGCCGCAUAGCCAUGAUGGCUGCCACAGCCAAUGCCAACAAAGCGCAGGCAGCUAAGCUGGCUGAGCAGCAGCGCCGUGAGCAUCAGCGACAACAGGAGGCGAACCUCGUGGAGGUCCAGAACGAGAUCCCAAGUGACCUACUGGCUGAGAACGCACAGGUUGCCCAAAACCCCGUGGCUCCCCACAGGGUCCUGCCCUAUUGCUGGAAGGGCAUGACUCCAGAGCAGAGAGCCACCAUCAAGAAAGUACAGGAGACACAACACCAUGAAAAGGAAGCACAGCGCCAAGCUGAACAAGCACUGGAUGCCAAAUGGGAAAGCAAGGCCAUAAACUUGGCCCAGGCAGCAAUGGAGCUAGAAGAGCAGGAAAAGGAGCUGUGUGCUGAAUUUCGGAGGGGACUGGGCUCCUUCAACCAGCAGCUGGCUAAGGAGCAAAAAGCCCAGCAGAAUUAUCUGAAUUCAUUAAUCUACACCAAUCAACCUACAGCCCAAUAUUAUCUGGAGUUUAACACCAACAGCCGCUGA